AUGACUGAUGGCAGCUAUGCGACGUAUGGCAGAAAGAAGCGAUCGGUGAAUGCUACUUCUCGCCUUGAUGGCACAACUGAAGAUGAGCUGUGCAACUCCAUCCGGCUGAAGAGAAUUUUGAAAACGAAUCUACGCAAAAACUUGGCGAAAUCGAGGGAGAGCGUUGUGAAGGCGUUGGCUGAUGACAGUUUCAUGGUUUUGUGCGCAAUGUCGCCGGUCAGCUUCUCGCUGGGCCGCCAUGAUGAAUAUUGCGCCCUCGAGAGGCAUGGAAUUUUUUGCCAAGUUGCCAAAUUUACUGUU